AUGUUGAGAGCAUUACUGGUGGCUCCGAGAUGUGCAGUAGGCUCAAGGUGUAUGAGCACGAGUGCUUCAAAGGUUUAUAAGUUUGAAGACAUCAGAUCCCUGGUGCAGAAACCUAACCCCCAGAAAAUUUUGGUCGACGUCAGAGAGCCCAGCGAACUUCAACAGUACAAGUUACCAACGGCUAUCAACAUACCAUUGAAGUCUGCUCCGGGAGCCUUGGGUCUAUCUCCAGAUGAGUUCCAAGAUGUCUUUGAUUUUGAGAAGCCUAAAACUGACAAGGAGCUAAUAUUUUUCUGUGCGGCAGGUGUGAGGGCUAAGGCGGCAGAGGAGCUCGCGAAGUCUUAUGGCUACGAGAACACAGGUGUCUACCCAGGGUCCAUCCAUGAGUGGCUGGAGAGGGGCGGUGACAAGUUGUAA